GGCGAUGAGCACUUUGCAGAGACCAGCUACUACUUCGAGGGCGGCCUGCGCAAAGUGCGGCCCUAUUACUUUGACUUCCGAACCUACUGCAAAGGCCGCUGGGUGGGCCGCAGCUUGCUGCACGUCUUCAGUACCGAGUUCCGAGCCCAGCCCUUGGCCUACUACGAGGCCGCGGUCCGAGCGGGGCGCCUGCGCCUUAACGAGGAGCCGGUCCAAGACCUCAGCAUCGUGCUCAAGGACAAUGACUUCUUGCGGAACACAGUGCACAGGCAUGAGCCACCAGUCACGGCAGAGCCUAUCCGCCUGCUGGCUGAGAGUGAAGACAUGGUGGUUGUAGACAAGCCCUCUUCCAUUCCUGUCCACCCCUGUGGCCGCUUCCGGCACAACACGGUGAUCUUCAUCCUGGGCAAGGAGCACCAACUUAAGGAGCUACACCCACUGCAUCGGCUCGACCGCCUUACCUCGGGGGUCCUCAUGUUUGCCAAGACAGCAGCUGUUUCAGAGAGAAUACAUGAGCAAGUUCGGGACCGGCAGCUGGAAAAGGAGUAUGUCUGCCGGGUGGAGGGGGAGUUCCCCUCCGAGGAAGUGACCUGCAAGGAACCCAUCUUGGUAGUGUCUUACAAGGUAGGGGUGUGCCGCGUAGAUACUCGGGGCAAACCCUGUGAGACGGUGUUCCAGAGACUGAGCUACAACGGCCACUCCAGUGUGGUGCGGUGUCGGCCGCUCACAGGUCGCACUCACCAGAUCCGAGUCCACCUCCAGUUCCUGGGCCACCCCAUCCUUAAUGACCCCAUCUACAACUCAGGGGCCUGGGGCCCCUCCCGGGGCCGAGGUGGCCACAUUCCCAAGACAGAUGAGGAACUGCUGCGGGACCUGGUUGCAGAACACCAAGCCAAACAGAGCCUGGACGUGCUGGAUCUCUGUGAAGGUGAUCUGUCCCCAGGACUCACAGACUCUACAGCUCCCUCCUCAGAGCUGGGCAAGGACCACCUAGAAGACUUGGCUGCAUCUGCUCAGAAGAUGGGUGGAGUACUUGAGGCAGCCCCUCAGGAUCUGGACACAAAGGCCCUGGCACCAGGGAAUGCAGCUGAAACAGAUGUUGUGAAUCAAGAAAUAGACCCCCUCUGUGCAGAGUGCCGACUGGUGCGACAGGACCCCUUGCCCCAGGACCUUGUGAUGUUUCUGCACGCCCUGCGCUAUAAAGGGCCAGGUUUUGAGUACUUUUCACCCAUGCCUACCUGGGCACAGGAUGACUGGCAAGAGGACUGAGAGCUGUGGCCUAUGGCGGGAUUACUUCUUGGGUUGGAAGAAGCCAUGGAGUAGGAACUGACCUCAUUCAGCUGGUACUCAAUGUUUCUAUAAGGAGUAAAGUUGGGCACUUAAAGGAACUGCUUAUACUUGCUACCUCCAGCUAGUUUGGGAACUUUUGGUUUGUAAAUGUAUACCUUUUGCUUAUACCUUA